AUGUUCCUUCCCAAUGGCACCCAGUUCCACGUCUCCUCCUUCUUGUUGCUGGGAAUCCCAGGAAUGGAAACACUGCACGUGUGGAUUGGCUUUCCCUUUUGUGCUGUGUAUGUGAUCGCACUGAUAGGGAACUUCACGAUUCUGUUCGUGAUCCAGGCUGAGAGCAGCCUACACCAACCCGUGUUCUACUUCCUGGCCAUGUUGGCUACUAUUGAUUUGGGUCUGUCCACAACUACCAUCCCCAAGAUGCUCGGAAUCUUCUGGUUUUGUCUCAGGGAGAUAGUUUUUGAUUCUUGUCUCACUCAGAUAUUUUUUAUCCACAACUUCACCGGUAUGGAGUCAGCAGUCCUGUUGGCAAUGGCUUAUGACCGCCAUGUGGCCAUCUGCAACCCACUCCGAUACAGCAUCAUCCUCACCAACAAGGUUGUUUCUGUGAUUGGUGCUGGCAUGUUAGUGAGGUCGUUUAUUUCUGUAAUUCCAUUUGUAUUUCUUAUUUUGCGAUUGCCCUUCUGUGGGAAUCAUGUCAUUCCCCACACCUACUGUGAACACAUGGGUCUUGCUCGCCUCUCUUGUGCCAGCAUCAAGGUCAAUAUCAUCUAUGGCUUAUGUGCAAUUUGUAAUCUAGUCUCUGACAUCAUAGCCAUUGCCCUUUCUUAUGUUCAGAUACUCCGUGCUGUUUUCCGUCUUCCUUCCCGUGAAGCCCGCAUCAAGUCCCUCAGCACAUGUGGUUCUCAUGUUUGUGUCAUUCUUGCCUUCUACACACCAGCCCUCUUUUCCUUUAUGACACAUCGUUUUGGUCAUAACGUCCCCCGCUAUAUCCACAUACUCCUUGCCAAUCUUUAUGUCGUCGUGCCACCAAUGCUCAACCCUGUCAUAUAUGGAGUCAGGACCAAGCAGAUCUAUGACCGUGUGAAGAAAAUAUUAUUACAGAAACACGGAAAGGAAAAAGAAUGA